AUGGCUCAAUGCCAGUUGUCUUCAAAUGGCCUGGAAGGCUGCAGUAUUUCCUCCGAAACUCCAUCGGUAAAAGAAUUAGAAUGCAUUCUGUACAGCGGUAAAAGAUACGGUAAUCACGUCGAUGAAGUAUGGCCUAAUCUGUUUCUCGGGGACAUGUCUAUGGCUCAUGACCGACAUGGUUUGUGGAAAUUGGGGAUUACACAUGUUCUGAAUGCUGCUCAUGGGAAAAUGCACUGCCAAGGGAGCCAUGCUUUCUAUGGGAAGACAGUGGACUACCAUGGGGUGCCUGCUAAUGAUGUGCCGACCUUUGACCUGUCACCCUAUUUCUACCCGGCUGCAGAUUAUAUUCACGAGGCACUGAACUCACCAGGAGCCAGGAUCUUUGUCCACUGUGCUGUUGGAGUCAGCAGAUCUGCUUCUCUGGUGCUGGCCUACCUCAUGAUCUAUCAUCAUUACACAUUAGUGGAUGCCAUCAGAAAAGUGAAAGAAAACAGGUGGAUCUUUCCUAACAGAGGAUUCCUGAAACAGCUGAGGACUUUGGAUAUCCAACUACGCAAACAGCAUUGAAUGGAAUUGAUUAUGGAUCGACAGUCAGGUGUAGCAAAAGAGUUCAUAUGGGUAUAAUAACAUUUGAUAAUAAAGGGGAAUGUAUAUCAGAAAGGGGGAUAUUUCAUCAAUUCAAUAAAAUCAAGAAGAAAACCAUUUUCUCUCUGUGUGACAUACAGAG